AUGCGCUACCACCGCUUUUUUGAUUUAAACUCGCCAACGUCUCUCGACACCUUAUCUUUUCACAAGAAGAUCCCGAGUUCCCCUUUCCAGCGUCCAGGCCCCAGGUAUCUGGAUCUGCUUGUCUAUCAGUGGCAGAGCACCUGGAAGCUUGAUUCUUCUCUCUUUUUCCUCCUUUUGCUCAUCCCUCCUCUCCCAAGGAUGGGUUUGAUCCAGGAACUUGGGGCGCCGCUGCGCCAGGCGUUCGCUCAGCUGCCGCUGGGUUCGCAGAUCGCCGUUUCGGUGGCCGGCUUCCUCUUCGUCACCGUCUUCCUUAAUGUCAUGAAGCAGGUGCUCUUCAAGAACCCUAAUGAGCCUCCUGUCGUUUUCCACUGGUUCCCCUUCCUCGGCAGCACCAUCACUUACGGUAUCGACCCCCCGCGCUUCUUCAAAGAUUGCCGCAAGAAGUAUGGUGAUUGUUUCACCUUUAUUCUGCUCGGCAAGAAGACGACCGUCUACCUUGGCACUCAGGGCAACGACUUUAUUCUGAACGGCAAGCUCCGCGACGUUUGCGCUGAGGACAUCUACACCGUCCUCACUACCCCCGUCUUCGGCAAGGAUGUCGUAUAUGACUGCCCUAACUCCAAGCUCAUGGAGCAGAAGAAGUUCGUUAAGGUCGCCCUGACCACCGAGGCUUUCCGCUCCUAUGUCCCCAUUAUCGUCGACGAGGUCACCAACUAUUUCAAGAGGUGCCCCGAUUUCAAGGGCCAGUCUGGCAUCACCAACAUCCCCCGCAACCUGGCACAGAUCACCAUUUUCACUGCUUCACACUGUCUUCAGGGCAAGGAGGUCCGCGAUCAGUUUGACGAGUCUCUGGCAGACCUCUACCACGAUCUCGACAUGGGUUUCACUCCGAUCAACUUCAUCCUCCACUGGGCUCCGCUUCCGUGGAACAAGCGCCGCGAUCAUGCCCAGCAGACUGUUGCUAAGAUCUACAUGGACAUCAUCAAGCGUCGCCGCGAGAGCGGCGAGACUGGCGCCCAGGAUAUCAUGUGGCACCUUAUGAACUCCAAGUACAAGGAUGGUCGUCCUAUUCCGGACCACGAGAUCGCCCACAUGCUUAUCGCCCUUCUGAUGGCCGGCCAGCACUCUUCCUCGUCCACCGGUGCCUGGAUCAUGCUUCGUUUGGCCUCGCGUCCUGACAUCAUGGAGGAGCUCUACCAGGAGCAGAUUCGCAACCUUGGCCCCGACCUACCUCCUCUUACUUACGAGGACCUCGCCAAGCUCCCUCUCAACCAGGCCAUCAUCAAGGAGACCCUUCGUCUGCAUGCCCCGAUCCACUCGAUCAUGCGCGCCGUCAAGCAGCCCAUGCCCGUUCCUGGCACUAAGUGGGUCAUUCCGAACGACCACGUGCUCCUCGCUGCUCCUGGUGUCUCCGCCUCCGAUCCUGAGUACUUCCCCGAGCCCGAUCUUUGGGAGCCUCGUCGUUGGGAUAAGGACCAUCCUCUUGCCCCGACUAUUGUCCGCAAUCAGACCGACGAGGAGGAAGAGAAGAUUGACUACGGCUACGGCUUGGUCAGCAAGGGUGCCCACUCGCCCUACCUGCCCUUCGGUGCUGGUCGCCAUCGCUGCAUCGGUGAACAAUUCGCCAACGUUCAGCUCCAGACCAUUGUAGCCACCGUUGUCCGCAUGUUCAAGUUCCGCAAUGUCGAUGGCAGCAAUAACGUCGUUGGCACCGACUACUCCUCGCUGUUCUCUCGGCCGCUGGAGCCGGCUAAUAUCUACUGGGAGCGGCGUGAGAAGGCGUAA